UCUCUACCUUCAAGGCCAUCUCAAGGUCAAUUUCAUUUUUUUAAUGGAAAUCCCUAUUACGAGGGAUGUCUUUUAAGUUUUGCAUAUGGAUAUAAAACAACACGGUAGGUAGCUUUAAAUGACUAUUGUUUUUCGAAGUAUUCUCCACGAAGAUUAAUGCGCUCGAACCAAUUUUCGAAGCACUUAUUCCACUCGUUUGCUGGCAGAUCCAAAACGGCAUUUUUGAACGCGUCAACUGCUUCUUCUGGUGACUGGAACAUCGGGACUAUAUGGAGGAUGGUCCAAUAAUUCCACGUUUUCUUCCGUUAAAUACUGCCUUGUUUUUUGGGCUGUGUGCGAGCUUGCAUUGUCUUGGUCGAGGAUGAUUCUUCUUUCGGGGUUGAUUUUUCGAAGCUCGGUGAUGACUUUUGGCAAACAAAUGGUAGUAUACCAAUCCGCAGUAACAGUUAUUUGC